AAACAACAGCGCAGAUUGCGAGUAGCGUAAUCCUUUUUUCCUACCCAGUGUGAUUCACCACCUUGACCGGCCGCUAGUCUGUUUACUUUCGAAGAUUUGACAGGUCAUUAUUACCCGCCAUGUGUCGUUUUCUCGUCUACAAGGGCAGGAAUGACAUCCUCUUGAGCAAGCUCAUCACCGAACCCUCUCACUCCAUCCUUACACAGUCCUAUGAUUCUCGGCUCAGACUUGACACCCGCCGCCCGGUGAACGGCGAUGGUUUCGGAGUAGGGUUUUACACAGAUCCAAAACUCGGCCGCGACCCUUGCAUAUUCACCUCGACAUUACCCGCCUGGAAUUGCGAGAACCUCGAACGUAUAGCCUCGAAAACAUGCUCAUCCCUGGUCUUUGCGCAUGUAAGGGCUACCACUGAAGGAGCCCUUGCAGAUAAUAAUUGCCACCCGUUCCAACACAACACGCUGAUGUGGAUGCACAAUGGAAAUUUGGGAGGGUGGAAAUAUAUCAAGCGCACUCUGGCCGAUUCACUCGCCGAUAAAUGGUAUCUUGGCGUAAAAGGGGGCACAGACAGCGAAUGGGCCUUCGCCUUGUUCUUGGAUCUAAUGGAGCGCGAAGGAGUCAACCCAAGCGACGCACCGGAAGGCGGCUUCGGGCACGUGCUUUUACGCAAAGUCAUGAAUAGGACAAUAAGCAGAAUCAACGAGAUGGUGGCGAACAUCCCAAAAGAUUGCCCGAUGACCGACGUCGAGACCAGAAGCCUCCUCAACUUUGCCGUCACAGAUGGCCACACCGUAGUCUGCACGCGAUAUGUGAGCAGCAAGACUGAUGAGGCUGCAAGCUUGUACUUCUCGUCCGGGACAAAGUGGAAGGAAGGGAAAACGAAAGGACACUUCAAGAUGGAAAGGCACGAUAAAGGGGCCGAUAUUGUCCUAGUUGCGAGCGAACCCCUAACAUUCGAGAGACAUAACUGGGUGACGGUACCAACAAAUUCUAUGCUUACCAUCCACAAACAAACAGUUCUUAUCCAUCCCAUCAUAGAUGAGUUUUACGAUGAGGAUCCAAAUCACGAUCGCUCUGCCGGCUUCGCAGUCUCCAAGGGCUUGGUUAGCAAAGCACCAGGCACGACUGUUGCCCUGGGAGAAACGGGGACUCCGAACACAUCUGAGUCAACGACCCCCAUUGAAGAGCUCAUCGAUCGACGGCAAACAGAUGAGGUGCGCAGGCUUCACUUGCUAAAUCGAAAGAUGGCACAGGCCAGUCUUUAAUGCGAUCGCGUUCAAAUACUGAUUGAUUGCUGGAAAUUCCUGCUAUUGGCUGCUGGCGUCUCUUUGAGCCGGCCCCCAAAAAUUGUUGAUUUUUACAAAUGGUUAUACCACGGAGCGGGCGUCCUUUAGAUAUAGAUUGGUGUCUCGGGCGUCUUAAGAAUCUAUUAUAGCAUGUUAGCAAGUUUUUUUUUUGGGUAUCACACAAAGAUAUUUAUUUC